GCGGAAUGGUAUUUGUGCGGAUAAGGGUGGGGUGGAGAUUAACCAUCAAACUGAAAAUGUCCAGUUUGAAAGUGAGCUCUACUUCCUCACGCCUGACUCCUUCAGUCACUUUCUCCCUCUUAUCAGUCUCCAAAAAAGUGACACUCAUUAGAUUCCGAAACGCCAUAAUAUCUCCUCCAAAGCUUAAACUUCAAGCACUAGGGAAAACCAGAGCCACACUGCAAUCUGCAAAAAUGGCAGAUGGAAUUGUGAAAGAGGUCCUUCCACCGGCGCUUGAUUCUACUUCAGAACCACCUCCGCUUUUUGAUGGAACUACAAGGUUGUAUAUAUCAUACACAUGCCCGUACGCGCAGCGUGUGUGGAUCACCCGGAAUUGUAAGGGAUUGCAAGACAAGAUCAAAUUGGUUCCUCUUGAUCUGCAAAACAGGCCUGAUUGGUACAAGGAGAAAGUCUACCCAGCUAACAAGGUGCCAUCAUUGGAACACAAAAAUGAAGUCAAAGGAGAGAGUCUUGAUUUGAUUAAAUAUGUUGAUAAUCACUUCGAAGGGCCCUCACUUUUCCCUGAUGAUCCUGCCAAGAAAGAAUUUGCAGAAGAGUUGCUGUCCUACACCGACACAUUCAACAAAGCCGCGAUGUCUUCCUUCAAAGGAGAUGGAAAUGAAGCAGGUGCUGCAUUUGAUUACAUCGAAACGGCUCUUUCCAAGUUUGAAGAUGGACCUUUUUUCCUCGGUCAGUUCAGUCUGGUGGAUAUAGCUUAUGCUCCAUUUAUUGAAAGAUAUCAGCCCUUUUUAUUGGAUGUAAAGAAGUACGACAUCACAGAGGGCAGGCCUAAACUGGCAGCUUGGAUUGAGGAAAUGGACAAAAAUGAGGCCUACAAACAAACUCGACGUGAACCAAAGGAGCUGGUGGAAAUUUACAAGAAACGCUUCUUGGCACAACUCUGACAUCAGUCCCAAAUUACAGAGUUCUAGAACUUCCCACCGUUCUAGAAAUGGCAUUAAAUUUCUCUUCAGUGUGCUUUUUGUGAUGGUGUACUUUAGGACAUGUUUUGUUGUUAUCUUGGUUUUGAAGCCAUGAAAGUUCACUUGGAAGACCUACUAGGGAUAAGCAACAAAUGCUAGAGAUAUUUCAGCUUUUGUUACAUAUAUUUUAUAAAAAUAAGUGACAUGUGGAUUGUUACAUCAGUUUGUAAA